CUGUGCGACUCUUGACCAAAAGUGUUCCAAAACCCCGAAGGAAUGUUAUGUUUUGGAAUUAGCUCGCGUCAGGUAUGACGGCAAGACAGUGACUGAUCCUUGGACGCGUCUUUCUGUGACUCAAUCAAUAACCAAAUAAUUCAGGUUGACAGUUUACGGUCAGAAUGGACGAAUUGUGGGGUGUCGUUUUCUCCGCUAUUAAAGCCUGGUUCACGUUGGUGGUGCUUCUGAUCAUGUUCCCUGCUAUGCUCGGGGUGUCGCUGGGGAUUACGGAGACCUACAUGAAGAUCCUGGUGAAAACUCUGAAGUGGGCCACUGUGCGGAUCGAAAAGGGAAGUGAAGAGCGGAAAACACUCAAAGUUUCUUCAUCAAACGGGCUCAUUCAGAGACUGGACGGAUCAAUGGAAGAACAGAUCUGGGAGCUGCGUGGCAGUCGGCCCAAGCCGCCAGUGGGCGGGGACUUUACUUUGAGUGAUGUGUUCUACUUCAGCAGAAAGGGAAUAGAGAGUAUUGUUGAGGAUGAGGUGACUCAGAGGUUUACAUCUGAGGAGCUGGCCUCCUGGAACCUCCUCACACGCACCAACUACAACUUCCACUACAUCAGCCUGCGCCUCACCGUACUUUGGGGUGUGGGAGUCAUCGUGCGCUACUGUGUCCUGCUGCCUCUCAGAGUCACAUUAGCAUCCAUAGGGCUGAGCUGGCUAGUCAUCGGCACGACUGCGGUGGGUUUCCUACCAAACUGGAGGAUUAAAGAGUGGCUGAGUGAACUGGUCCAUCUGAUGUGCUACAGGAUCUGUGCUCGAGGCCUCUCCGCCACCAUCCACUACCACAACAGAGAAAACCGACCCAAAAAAGGAGGGAUCUGUGUUGCGAACCACACCUCCCCAAUCGACGUGGUGAUUUUGGCCAAUGACGGCUGCUAUGCCAUGGUAGGACAGGUCCAUGGCGGGCUGAUGGGAGUUGUUCAGCGAGCGAUGGUACGGUCCUGCCCUCACAUCUGGUUUGAAAGAGCAGAAAUGAAAGAUCGGCAUCUGGUGACACAGAGACUGAGAGACCAUGCGAAUGACAAGACUAAACUCCCUAUCCUAAUUUUCCCUGAGGGGACAUGUAUCAAUAACACAUCAGUCAUGAUGUUUAAAAAGGGAAGUUUUGAGAUUGGAGGUACGAUAUAUCCAGUGGCCAUAAAGUAUGACCCACAGUUUGGUGAUGCUUUCUGGAACAGUGCCAAAUACAACAUGGUGAGUUAUCUCCUGCGGAUGAUGACCAGUUGGGCCAUCGUGUGUAACGUCUGGUAUCUCCCACCUAUGACGCAACACGAAGGAGAAAGUGCCAUACAGUUUGCUAACAGAGUGAAGUCAGCCAUUGCUCAUCAGGGAGGACUGGUUGAUUUAUCCUGGGACGGUGGUCUGAAACGAGCUAAAGUGAAAGACGUGCUUAAAGAGCAGCAGCAGAAGAAAUACAGCAACAUGGUUGUCGGAGAAGACAGCAGUGACUAACCAAUCAGAGACAUGAUUGUCAGGAGGACAGCAGUGACUAACUAAUCAGAGACAUGAUUGUCAGGAGAACAGCAGUGACUAACCAAUCAGAGAUAUGAUUUUCAGGAAGACAGCAGUAACUAACCAGUCCUCCCCAGGGCAAUGUGGGAAAUGAAGUCCUUGGUUCAAAGCAGAGAUGCUGCUGAUUGGAUGGUCUGUCAAAAGACAGUGUUAUGAUCCGAGUGAUGUAAUUCACUGGUCCUUCUCAGGUCAGCUCUCUGGGUCACUGCUGGGUCAUAGGACUCCAGAGUGGCACAUCUUUUUCAGGAGACUCUGGACUACAACGCUCAUUCUAAACAUUUAAUUGAAUUUCGCAUAUAUUAUGAAAUGUGA